AUGUCGGGCAAAUUCGAAGAGAAAGAGUCCCCAUCUUCCCAGCCUCCCGAAUGGAGCCCGGCUGAGCGUCCCUCCACAUACAUCAAGCCACAGGCUCGCAAGCUGAACGAUCCGGCGGUGAAAUUGGAAGAAUACUACUAUUAUGCCCAGCGAACGCGGGAAAUCGAGAAGGGGUACGAGUCGCCCAAGUUACGAUGGCGACAGAUUCUCUCCCGGAAGAAAGAAGCACGCAAUAUUCAGGACGAGCAGGAUGCCGAAGUCGCCCAGAAUGUCACGAACGUCAACUUCGCCAAAAAGGAGAAUCGCAUCCAGAUCAGUGACCAAGAAUGGGAGAACGCCAGUCGAGCCCUGCGGACUGCUUCUUGGGGUGCGGCGUUCUAUCUCAUCACAACGGACAUCCUUGGCCCGUUCGGUGUCGGUUUCGCCCUAGGCACCCUUGGAUGGGGACCAGGCAUCGCAUUGUACACUGUAUUCGGCUUCUUCGCAGGAUACAGUGGCUAUCUGCUGUGGAAAACGUUCUUAGGCAUCGACUCUUACCAGUUCCCCGUGAGAAACUACGGAGACAUGGGAUUCAGAACCUGGGGCACGACGCUGCGGCACAUCACCAAUUUCCUGCAAGCCAUCGGAUUGCUACUCUUGCUGGGACAGGUGACGAUCCAAUUCGGACAGAACAUCUCGGUGGUCUCGAAGUUUCGACUCUGCUAUAUUAUCUGUCCGCUCUUGUUCGUGAUUGCCGGGUUCUUGUUGACGCAGAUUCGGACGUUGAAGGCUUAUGGACUGGUUGCCAACUUUGCGGUGUGGUUGAACCUGCUUGUCAUCUUCAUGACCAUGGGAUUCAUAUCCGCCUCACCGCCGAACUACUCCAUCGCCGUCUUGGGCUCGGCGGGCAGUGCAGUCGACCCUGCUACCAUCACACCAGACGCCCAGGGGAAUUACCCUCCAGUCAUCCACUACGCCGGGUUGCCCGCAGAGAACCUCGUUGGCUCCAUCAACGGCCUCUUGUCCGGCGUCCUCGGCUACGCAGGCGCCCAACUUUUCGUCGAGUUCAUGGCCGAGAUGAAACGACCCAACGACUUCCUCAAAGCCAUGUGGAGCGCUCAAUUCUUCAUAUACACCGUCUACAUGGUCUACGGCUGCUUCGUGUACUACUACCAAGGCCAGUACAGCUUCCAACCCUCCUACCAAGGAGUCAGCGUCUACGGCUGGCAAACCGCGGGCAACAUGAUUUCUCUCGUCGCCGCCUUGAUCGCCGGCGGUCUGUACGGGAACAUCGGCAUCAAGGUCCUGUACAACAACAUCUUGAUGGAGUGGUUCAACGCCCCGCCGCUCGUCACCAAGCCCGGAAAGAUCUUUUACGGAGCUCUUGUUCCUGUGUGGUGGAGCACCGCCUUCAUCAUCGCCGCGGCGAUUCCUGAUUACGUCGGUUUCGUCAGUGUCAUGUCCGCGUCGACGCUGCUCAAUUUGACAUAUACCUUGCCACCGCUCUUUGCGCUCGGGUAUGACAUUCAAAAGAACGCGAUUCGACCGCAGCAAGGCGAAGGGUUCGACCCGACGACUGGGGAGGUCCGGAGAGACGAUUCGGGGUUGAGGAGAUAUAUCCGUGGGUUCUUCUCUGGAGGGCCGCUGCAGGUCGCGCAGAAUAUCUGGCAUGUGCUGUACGUCUUGUGCAGUUUGAGUAUGUGUGGGUUGGGCAUGUAUGCUGCCAUUCAAGGGAUGAUUGACGUCUUCAAGAAUCCGCAGAUUACUUCCUUCACCUGCAAGUCGCCGCUGAAUCUGAACGCCUAA